CUGAAGGGUUCAGGGCGCAGCUGCGAGGCCCGGCUCAACUCUGCGGGUCUAGGGUCUGGAGUGCGAGCUGCCAGUGCGGGAGAGGGAGGGGCAGGGGGCGCCUUGGUACUGCACCUUUUUUUGCAUUCAGGAGAUUGCCUAGCUGCGCUUUAGAGAGGUUUGCGUUAGCUCCGAGGCUGUCUGGCAAGUGAGGAAACUGAGGCCGAGAAGUGGGAGGCGUUGCCAUCUGCUGGGCCACGCCACCUGCUGAGGGGAAGCCGGGGACCAAAGCCCGGGGGUCUGCGCUCCCAGGCCCGCUUGAAUCGGUGGGCGUGGGGAGCAAGGGACCUGCUCCCUUCCCUCCCGGCUGCAGGAGCCUCCUUGGGGGAGGAGCUCGGGACGCAGAGGAAGAGCCACGUUAGCCCCAGGAGCAGGGACACAGUCCUCUGGGAUAAGAGGCAGAGCCCAGGAGGAACCCCGUCAGCCAGGCGGGCAGAAAGCUCCGGGAGCAGCCUCAUGGAAGACAAGCAGAUCCUGUGCGUGGGGCUAGUGGUGCUGGACAUCAUCAAUGUAGUGGACAAGUACCCGGAGGAGGACACGGACAGCAGGUGCUUGUCCCAAAGAUGGCAGCGCGGCGGCAACGCUUCGAACUCCUGCACUGUUCUGGCCCUGCUUGGAGCCCCCUGCGCCUUCAUGGGCUCCCUGGCCCCGGGCCACGUUGCCGACUUCCUGGUGGCUGACUUCAGGCAGCGGGGCGUGGAUGUGUCCCAGGUGGCCUGGCAGAGCAGAGGGGAGACCCCGUGCUCUUGCUGCAUCGUCAACAACUCCACUGGCUCCCGCACCAUUGUGCUCUACGACACGAACCUGCCAGAUGUGUCUGCUACAGACUUUGAUAAGGUUGAUCUGACCCAGUUCAAGUGGAUCCACAUUGAGGGCCGGAACGCUUCAGAGCAGGUGAAGAUGCUGCGGCGGAUAGAACAGCACAAUGCCACGCAGCCUCCGGGUCAGAAGAUCCGAGUGUCCGUGGAGGUGGAGAAGCCCCGAGAGGAGCUGUUCCAACUGUUUGGCUAUGGAGAUGUGGUGUUUGUCAGCAAAGAUGUGGCCAAGCACUUGGGGUUCCGGUCAGCGGGGGAGGCCCUGAGGGGUUUGUACGGUCGUGUGAGGAAAGGGGCUAUGCUGGUGUGCGCCUGGGCUGAGGAGGGCGCUGAUGCACUGGGCCCUGAUGGACGGCUGCUCCACUCGGACGCCUUCCCUCCACCCCGGGUGGUGGAUACUCUGGGGGCCGGAGACACCUUCAACGCCUCGGUCAUAUUCAGCCUGUCCCAGGGCAAGAGUAUGCAGGAGGCCUUGAGGUUUGGCUGCCAGGUGGCCGGCAAGAAGUGCGGCCUGCAGGGCUUUGAGGGCAUCGUGUGACUGCCCUGUGGCAGCGGGCACUGGCUCACACACCCCCUCCCUGGAGGCUGGCGCCUCCAUCCAGCCUGGCGUCCGCGCUGCCUGUGGAGGGCGCUCCCCCUGUGUCCUGGGGGCUCACACCGCCAAGCCGAGCAAAUAAAUCUCCUGCCCCAGAGCCGGCUUCCUUCUGCC